AACCAACUACUUCAACCUUUUCUAGGUUUUCAAGGUAACUUCUUCAAUCUCUUCUUUGAAUUUCUUACAGGAAUUCGAUCAAUAAAGAUACAUCAACCACUCCAUUCAUCUCAAUCAACUACUAUUCGCCUCUAUUAUAAGUUUUCACCUGGAACAAUAAAGAUGAGUGAUAAUUUGUUGGACAAAGUUAGUGCCUUCAGUGAGAGGUUGAAAAUCGGAGGAACUGAGGUUAGUCGUAAAAUGAGUGCUAGUAUGAGUACUGUGAGUGAUAGGGUGAAGGAGCUCUUUCAGGGUUCUAAUCAAGCUGAUAAGCUUGUGGAGGAAGCUACAGCCGAGACACUAGAUGAGCCAGAUUGGGCUACAAAUCUCGAACUUUGUGACAUGGUUAAUCUGGAUAAAAUCAAUAGUGUUGAAUUGAUCCGUGGAAUUAAGAAGCGAAUAAUGAUGAAGAGCUCUAGGGUACAGUUCCUGGCUUUGGUAUUGCUUGAAACGGUUGUUAAGAAUUGUGAGAAGGCGUUCUCUGAAGUUGCGGCUGAGAGGGUUCUUGAUGAGAUGGUGAAGUUGAUUGAUGAUCCUCAGACUGUGAUUAAUAGUAGGAACAAGGCCCUUAUUUUGAUUGAAGCUUGGGGAGAGUCUACUGAUGAACUUCGAUACUUGCCUGUUUUUGAGGAAACUUACAAGAGCUUGAGAUCAAGGGGUAUUCGAUUCCCUGGUCGAGAUAAUGAAAGUUUGGCUCCUAUAUUCACUCCUGCCCCAUCAAUCACAUAUUCAGAAACAAAUGCUAGUUCGGUCCCACAUAUCCCUCGCGAUAUUUUGCCAGUUGUCACUUUUACAGCUGAGCAAGUACAGGAAGAAUUAGAGGUGGCACGUAACAGUGCUGAACUUCUCACAAUCGUUCUUUCCUCCUCACCUGGAGAAGAUGCUUUAGAGGAUGAGGCAACAAUGGCGCUUGUACAACAGUGCCGUCGAUCACAAUUCACUGUACAGAGAAUGAUUGAGACAGCAGGAGAAAACGAGGCUCUGAUGUUUGAAGCCUUGAAUGUUAACGAUGAAUUGCAGAAAGUCCUCACCAAGUAUGAAGAUCUGAAGAAAGCCGACAUAGUUCGAGAGGGACUUGAACCGGCAAUGAUACCAGUUGCAGUAGAGCCCGAAGAUCCUCUGCAAUGGAAAGAAGACGAUACUACCCUUGUGAGAAAACUGCCUGGUUCUAGAUCCGGAGUUAAUAAUAAUAACGAUGAGAUGAUGGAUGAUCUUGAUGAAAUGAUCUUUGGUAAGAAGGCGGGUAACAAUUCUGAAGGAAGUGGUAGUGGUGACAAUAGAAAGAAGAAUCAACAAGAUCUCAUCUCAUUUUGAAGUGGUCUUCUAAUAAAUAAUAAUAAUAAUAAUAUGUGAUGAUGAUGAUUGCAACAAACUAAUAUCUUUUAUUUAGCUAGGUAAUUUCCACAUAUGAUUUGCCUUGUGUUCUUUCAUUAUGGGACUAUUACUUUAUAAACAAAUGCUUUUAUAUUUUUUAACAAAUAGUUUGAUGUAAAAAAGUAUAAUUAUAACUCUAUUUACUUAGUUUGUUUUCUUAUUAGUGCAUCUUAUUUUU